GGAGUUCAUCCUGAAUGAAAGUGACGUGCCGCCGCUGACGUUACCCGGUAGAAGCGGGCGGCAUACGGGUUCCGGCCAGGAUUCGGGUGCCUUGAACCUCCGGUGCGAACCUGACAGCGAGGAGACGGCGGCUGAGGCACAGGGGGCGUUGACGAAGGGGCGCGGCUUUGAGCGGCUCCACGACAUGGCACACAACAAGAUACCACCGCGGUGGCUGAACUGUCCGCGGCGCGGUCAGCCAGUGGCAGGAAGAUUUUUACCUCUGAAGACAAUGUUGGGACCAAGAUAUGAUAGUCAAGUUGCUGAAGAAAAUCGAUUCCAUCCCAGUAUGCUCUCAAAUUAUCUAAAGAGCCUAAAGGUUAAAAUGGGCUUGUUGGUAGACCUGACAAAUACUUCAAGAUUCUAUGACAGAAAUGACAUAGAAAAAGAAGGAAUCAAAUAUAUAAAACUUCAGUGUAAAGGACAUGGUGAAUGCCCUACGACUGAGAAUACUGAGACUUUCAUUCGUUUGUGUGAGCGGUUUAAUGAAAGAAAUCCACCUGAACUUAUAGGUGUUCAUUGUACCCAUGGUUUCAAUCGCACUGGUUUCCUCAUAUGUGCCUUUUUGGUGGAGAAGAUGGAUUGGAGUAUUGAAGCAGCAGUUGCUACUUUUGCCCAAGCCAGACCACCAGGAAUUUAUAAGGGUGAUUAUUUGAAGGAACUUUUUCGUCGCUAUGGUGAUAUAGAGGAAGCACCACCACCACCUUUAUUGCCAGAUUGGUGUUUUGAGGAUGAUGAAGAUGAAGAUGAAGAUGAGGAUGGAAAAAAGGAAUCAGAACCUGGGUCAAGUGCUUCCUUUGGCAAGAGGAGAAAAGAACGGUUAAAAUUGGGUGCCAUUUUCUUGGAAGGUGUAACUGUUAGAGGCGUAACUCAAGUAACAACUCAACCAAAGUUAGGAGAAGUACAGCAGAAGUGUCAUCAAUUCUGUGGCUGGGAAGGGUCUGGAUUCCCUGGAGCACAGCCUGUUUCCAUGGACAAGCAAAAUAUUAAACUUUUAGAGCAGAAGCCAUAUAAAGUAAGCUGGAAAGCAGAUGGUACUCGUUAUAUGAUGUUGAUUGAUGGCACAAAUGAAGUUUUUAUGAUUGAUAGAGAUAAUUCAGUAUUUCAUGUUUCAAAUUUGGAAUUUCCAUUUCGUAAAGAUCUCCGAAUGCAUUUAUCAAACACUCUCUUGGAUGGGGAAAUGAUUAUUGACAAAGUAAACGGACAGGCUGUUCCUAGAUAUUUGAUAUAUGACAUAAUUAAAUUCAAUGCCCAGCCAGUUGGAGAUUGUGAUUUUAAUAUUCGUCUGCAGUGUAUAGAACGAGAAAUUAUAAAUCCUCGACAUGAAAAAAUGAAGAGUGGGCUCAUUGACAAAACACAGGAACCAUUUAGUGUCAGAAAUAAGCCAUUUUUUGACAUAUAUACUUCAAGGAAGCUACUUGAAGGAAAUUUUGCCAAAGAAGUCAGUCAUGAAAUGGAUGGACUUAUUUUUCAGCCCAUUGGAAAAUAUAAGCCUGGUCGAUGCGAUGAUAUUUUGAAAUGGAAACCCCCGAGUCUGAAUUCUGUAGAUUUUCGCUUAAAGAUAACAAGAAUGGGAGGAGAAGGGUUACUUCCCCAGAAUGUUGGCCUUCUCUAUGUUGGAGGUUAUGAGAGACCCUUUGCACAAAUCAAGGUGACAAAAGAGCUAAAACAGUAUGACAACAAAAUUAUAGAAUGCAAAUUUGAGAACAACAGCUGGGUCUUCAUGAGACAGAGAACAGACAAAAGUUUUCCUAAUGCCUACAACACUGCCAUGGCUGUGUGCAAUAGCAUAUCAAACCCUGUCACCAAGGAGAUGCUGUUUGAGUUCAUUGACAGAUGUGCGUUAGCUUCUCAAGGGCAGAAGAGAAAGCAUCACCUGGACCCUGACACUGAGCUCAUGCCACCACCACCUCCCAAAAGGCCACGUCCUUCAACUUAAGACCUACCUGCCUCUGACUUCAGGCUCAAGAGGAAAGAUGAGUGAGAAAAAAAUGCUAUUGCCCCAUUUUUGCAGCCAGAAAAAUGAAAAAACAAGUGUGACUUGAUGUUGAUGCACAUUUGAAUUAAAAAAAAAGGAAAAGGAAGGUAUUGUAGCCAACUUGUAUAUUAUUUGAUGCAUUUGUUUCCUCAGUGCUACAGUACCUAAUGGACUUAAAUAUUUAAUUUAUAUCGGAUAAACUCAGCCUUACCUUGGGUAAUCUGAAGAUUGAAAUAUCCAAAGGUUUAAAUGAGAUUGAAAUCACUGAAAAAGAGGCCUUGUUUGUAUAUGGAUAACUUUACCUUUAAUUUAUAAAGUUAGCAAUCUGGAACUGUGAGUGCAUAAAACUCUGUAUAUUUUAGAAGCUGUGUUUCAACUAUGGCAAAUUUUCCUAUUAAAAAUAUAGGCAAUGGCAUUAAAAGUUCUUGCUAUCAUUUAUCAUGAUCCCCUACAUUUCUGAAAUUCCUAUAUUCAGAAACAGAUGACAAAGUUGUUAGGUAUUGUGUAUUAAACAACUUGGUCUGGCUUAUAUUAUUUUAAGAAGUUGUUUUGGAGAUGUAAAAGUAAAAAAGUAAAGCUCCAUUUUUGUGACUUGCAUUGCUUCUUUAACAAGUCUUUUGAGUAUUUUAAUCUGUUUCUAUUGUUUGGAGUACCGUAUCAGAUAUCCGGUGUGUCCAUUCUGGCAAUAGUUUUGAACUACUUACCACCAGGUCCUUUAUGUAUGGCUCUCCUGGGAGACUUUUCAUUUUUAAAUGCCAGGGCUACUUCUGCUUUACCUCAGUGGUAUCAGCACAUUAUAAAUUACAUUAAAACACACAACUCACUGUGAUCUAUGAAAGCGAUAUCAAAUACAGAUGAUGUUGUGUUAGUUCCCUAAAAUAAAAUGGCCAAGGAAAUGCCAGCUGACUCCUCUUAUUAGAAGGUAAUGUCAACAGAAUGGAAUGCUGUCACUAGAAAAUCCUACACUUGUAGGAACUAAACAUCAAGGAAAUCAAGACAUUUACUGUCAAAGCCAAAACUGUAUCUAUAUUCUAUUCUAGGGAUGUUAUUUCAGUGAUACAUCUGAAUUCCAAAAUGUUUACUGAGAGAUAAUGGGUUUAAAGGGCAGCUAAUUGGUCAUCUGCCAUUGUUGAGAAACUGUAUUCUGAUUGACUUGUGAAGGAACUCUGAGAAUUAGCUGAUUAGAGGCUAAUGUAUUUAUUUUUAGAGGUACAUGUUUUAAAUAUAUGUAUUUAAAACAAAUUUUCAUGAUCUAAAUUUUAUAUAUGUAUAUGCAUAUAUAUGUAAGUAUAUGCAACAGUGUAUAUUCUUCUACUGAUACAGCCAGACAUGAAAACCCAAAUGAGUUACCUAGCAGGCUGAAUAUGUGACAGGAUUUCUAUAUGACAUAGCACAGAUUAACCAAAAAUGUAUUUAUAUGCACCUGAGUUUUAAUGUUUUUAAACAGUUUUCUCAUGCAGUGCUUUUCUAUGUGAAAUACUAGAGUCAUGCUUGGGCUUUUUCCUUUAUUGUUCCCAAGUUAUGUAAUGUGUAGUGUGAACUUAUCCAAAAUGCCAUUUUAAUGUUUUUUUCCUAGAGUGCUUUUGUAUGUUUGGGCGCUAAAGGGAUUUAAACAUCUGAAUGCCACAGUGACUAUUGAAAAAGGGGAAAUUCUCAAGGGUCCAUGUGUCUUUUACAAAGUGAAUCAAAAAAUAAAUAAAUAAAAUGACUAUGCAACUCCAAGUAGCCUGAUGCCUGCUUCCCCAGGAUUAGCAACUCUUCACAUGGUAUGUUGCUUGCUUUUGAGCCCUUGCAAAAGCAAAGCCCUUUUGCAGAUAUAAAAGCAAGCUUUUGCCAAUGAUCUUUUAGAGUUAAAAUGUUUAUGGUAAUCGUAACCUUUGAAAUGAGUCAUGUGAAAAGAGCAUCUCAUUUUUAAUACACCCAGAUAUUUUCUUUUUGCCAUUGUGCAUUUAGCAGGACUUAAUUUUCUAAACUUAUCCUUUCCUUUCUAUUGAAGUACAAUAGUUGGCCUUAUAAGUAGAUUCCAUUUAGCCCCCAAACAUGCUACCAUUUAGAGUAUCAUAACAAGUCAUUUAGACAGUCAAGGGCAGAGGGGAACCUAGAAGCAGGACUUGGGACAUUAUGAAGGAAACCCUUCCCUUCUUAGGUCACUUCCCAAUAGCUAUUUUCUAAGACUGAAGUAUUUUAGAUAAGGAUAAGAAAACUUUGCUUUUCCUGAGUCAUCACAUGUAAAAAGCUUUAGCUUUUUGUUUGGAAAAGGUGUGGAUGACUCUACUGCCUGGAUGGUUACAUUUGCUUUCCGUGAAAUGCUCAGAAAUGUCAGAACAUUCCUUCUCUAAUUGUGUGUCAGUGCGUAUUGUAAUAAAACUACUGAUUUAAAAUAAGAAAGUGUUUACUUUGUUUUCACUGGUGUUGCUUUUGUGUUUCUUCUGUUGUUGGUAUCCAAUCCUGUUCCUGUCAGCCACACCCAAUGUAAUGUAUCUAGUUUUGCUGUACUCUAGAGAUUAAAAUCAAGUCUUUAAAAUA